AUGCUGGCACGGCGGUCGAUAUUUAGUGAAAUGCUACGGUGCCUUUACAACAGGGUAGUGGUCAUUGUGUUUUUCUCACUGGUUGCAAGGUCUUCGGGAACUGAAAUAAAAUGUGAUACAAAAACAGGAAAAAACUUUUGUCUGCGGUACUUCUCAUACGCAGCGACUUUUAAAGAUGCUCAGCUUGAAUGCAAACAACAUAACCUCUCUCUAGUUACUUUGUCUACAAAAUCGCAGCAAAACUUUUUGAGGGAGUUUCAGGCAAAUUUUGAGCCUCCAAUCAUCGCAUCAUGGAUUGGCUUAUUUACUGAAAACGGUCAUUUGCGAUGGUCAUCUGGAUACUCUGCAGUGCCACAAAUUUUUAUUUCUGGCAGGCCGGGAAGUGUCGAAGGAUGUGCUAUAUCUAAUAUAUCCUCAGGAGGUCUUUUUACAUGGGAGUUUAUUCCAUGUGAUACAAAACUAAGUUUUGUGUGUGGCAAUAUUCCUCAAAUAUCCUAUCGACAUCCAUUUUCUAAUCAGAGCACUCUUAUCUGCCCUCAUGGUUACAAACUGUUCGAUAAAAACUGCUACUUGCUAAGAGAAGUUCCGUCCAGCAGAUUAACGUGGGACAAAGCGAACGAACAGUGUAAAGCCUCAAAUACUUUAGCAUCUCUCGCUACUGUUACAUCACCUAUGGAACAAGAUGCUAUCUCUGUAUUAAUUGCCCGUUCUUCCCAUCCGGUAUGGAUCGGUAUGUAUCUUGAUCAAAGUGAACGGAAAUGGAUUCGUGGUGAUGUUAUCAACUAUACAAAUUGGUAUCCGAAACAAAUACUCGACACUGAAAAGCGAUUAUGUACAAUGAUGCACCAGCGUCCAUUGCAUCUUGGACAAUGGGAAGAAGUUGAUUGCUCAUCUUCUUUAAAUUAUAUCUGUCAGGUUGCAGCUAAACCUAAAAUUUCAUCUAUUAGCAGUACUAGUGUGUCUACUUCAUCUCUUAUCCUUACUCAAGGUGCAUGCAAAGCUAAUUAUUAUGAAUACAAUGAACGUUGUUAUCAUCUUUAUGCUGGUAAUGAAACUGAAAUUUCUUCACUAUGCGGUAUCAAAUUAUCACCUUAUUCUAAUGACGAAACCGCUUUCAUGCGUUUAUUACUACAGACUACGCCUGAUUUAACUGUUGAUCGAGCUUGGACAGGUGUUUCACUUAUGUAUGAUUUAAAUUUAAGAUCGAAGUGGGUUUACAAAACAGAGAAUAACGAUUCGUAUUACGCUUCAAUGAUACAUGAUUUCUAUAUUUUCUCGUAUAAAAAUGUCAAUCUAUCUACAAGUUCGAAUAGUCGUUUUUGUGUAUCAAUUAAUCGUGACAAUACAAUAAUGGAUGUUUUGCCUUGUUCGUUGAAACUACCAUCAAUUUGUGGAUAUCAUUUGCCAAAUUAUAAACACCCAUUACCUCAAGACAGUAAUAAUUUCAUAUCAUCUUGUCCUCCACAUUGGAUUCAGUUUGGACAUAAAUGUUUCUCGCCAAUUCAUGAUACACCUCUUCCAUGGUCUGCAGCGGAAAAGCAUUGUUCUAAUUUCGUUGACGGAAAAGCUCAUUUACCAUCUGUUCACAGUCCAAGUGAAUUAACAUUUAUUAGUAAACUAUACACCGAAGUGAAUGUUUGGCUAGGUUUACAAAUUCAUCAUGAAUUCACUGAAGACAGAUCAUUGGCUUUGAAUAAAUCAAGCUUGUAUUGGUCUGACGAAAGUCCUGUGGACUACUUAUCAUUUUCUCUUGAUGAACCUAGUAGACAUUUUUCGAACGGCGAUAUUGAAGGUUGUUUCAUAUCACAUAGCCGUACACAUGAUUGGAACGAUGUUAACUGUAACAGUCGUCAUUUAUACUUUUGUCAGUUAUUAUUGACGAAUGUCUCGGCACCGUCACAUGAUCAGCUUCCAGAAGUCGUUAAUAACGAAAUAUGCACAAACAUAUCACGUAAACCCUAUUGUAUACGUUAUAUUUCACAAAUGGCUACUUUUUACGAAGCUGAUUAUGUUUGUCGUAAUUAUAACAUGACACUAGCUACUGUACCUAGUGAAGAGCAUCACAUGUUUAUUAUGAAUACUCUGAAACAUGAAACUAGUCAUAGUAAUUUGUCUCAGGCUUACAUUGGACUUUUCAAUUCACAUGAUAAUCUAUUGUGGACAUCCUCUUAUGGUGCAAUACCAUUGACGUUUUGGCAAUUGAGAUUUCAAAAUACUAAAAAGAAAUGUGUUUAUAUCGAUACUAAAAUUGAUGGUUUACAUACAUGGGGGAGUAUUUCAUGCUAUAAACCAUUACCGUAUAUAUGUUCAACUGACAUAUCAUCCAGAGUUAACUUAUCGUCUAUCCAAAAAGCCUAUGACAAUAUGCUCUGUUUUAUGAUAAAAGCGAAUAAAAAUGAUGGAGUGGACUGGUUAACCGCCUCUAACUUAUGUCGAAUUUCGGAUGCUGAUGCUCACCUAGCCACUAUAUUAUCGAAUGAACAGCAAGAUGGUUUAACUGUUCUUAUGGAUAAUCAACAAUUGUCUGCGUGGAUUGGUUUACGUUCUGAACGAAAUAUUCAUACAUGGAUUAAUCAACAUGAUGUUGUCUAUACAAACUGGCGCCCCACCGAACCAAAUGCUAAUGGAUCUAGUUGUGCUAUAAUGCAUCACGAGCUAGAUUUCAUUGGUACAUGGAGUAAUGAACUGUGCAACAAGAAAUUCGGUUAUAUUUGUGAGGUUAAACCAACUAGAACAUCGGAUAAAUCCAACAGGAUACAACUUUUGGGAAUGUUGAAACAUGGUGAUUGUUCAUCCGAUUUCUAUAUGUUCAAUAAUACGUGUUAUUCUGUGAUGCCACCACGAGAUUCACAACGUAGUAUUGUUGACUUCCGUGAUGAAAUAAGCGGUCAUUGUUCUUUGUUGACCCACGCUACUAAUAUGAAUUGUUUCACAAGUCCUCAAUUAUUGGGUACCAACUUUUGUCCAGUUAUAGCGACUCCACAUAGUCCGGUUGAAGCGGCGUUCAUGCGUUUUCUGUCUAGAACUAUUAGUCCUACUAGUAAAAGUAUUUGGGUUGGUUUGAAAAUCAACCAUACAUGGGGUUCGAGUCAUCUACUAUCCGAAGAUAAUUCUUUACAAACAGCUGAAACUAAUUUAAUAGAUUUUUCUAGGCUUUUUCGACAUAAGGACAGUAAAGCGAUUUCACUAAAUAAGGACACUAAUCAGUCAUAUUUUGAUUGUUUCACUAUGCCAAUUCAUGAUGGUAGUUUAAUACAAAUGUCUAAUUGUUCAAUGCAUUUGGAAAGCAUUUGUUCAUACAAACUUGGGAGAAAUCAAUUGCCGACAAAUAUUAAACAGCAACCAGUCGACUUACCAUUAUGUCCAAAAGGUUGGAUAUCAUUCAGAGAGAAUUGUUACUGGUUACCGUCGAUACACAAAAGAAUGAGUUGGCCAAACGCAGAACGUGUCUGUCAAGAAAAGGCCAGUUACUUUGUAAACCACCGAUCAUUAAACAAUGGUCAUCUGGCUUCUGUCCAUUCUCCAGAAGAAUUACAAUUUCUAAUUAACCAAUCAUUAUCAUCAUCGUUCUGGAUUGGUUUGAAAGCCUUUUAUUCCGGUAUUAAACCUACGUCUUCGGUGAAUUUAGUAUGGAGUGAUGGUUCAGUUAUGGACUUCUCUGUAUUUCCUUCGACCGAUACUUCUACUACAUUGAAUGAACUAGAGAAUCCUGAAAAUUGUAUCUCAGUCACUGAUAGACAUCACCGUUAUUCAUGGGAUAUUAAUGAUUGUAUGGAGGAAAAAAGUUUUAUUUGCCAAUUGUCUAAACUGGAUCUGUUACUACAACAACAGCAACGGCAAACUACUGUUAUGGAUGAUAGACGAGAAAUCAAAUCGCCGCUGACUACUACUACUAUUACUACAACUUGUACCGAAAAAUCAUUCCCAAUGCGUAGUAAAGUUGGUCCAUAUUGUUAUAGUAGAUUGUUGAAUGAUGCAAUAGAUUGGAGCAAUGCUGAAUCAAUUUGUCGUAAUAUGCACGCUAAUGCACAUCUUGUCUCAAUUCAUUCACAUGCUGAAUUAAAUGAAAUUACUGAAAUUAUCCAUCUAAAUUCACAAUCAAUGCCCACUACCUGGAUUGGAUUGUAUGAAUCAAAUUUUGCUUACAAAUGGUCUGAUCAAACUGAUAUUAAUUAUAUUCCAGUUUCAGCUGACAUCAGUAAAGAGUCGAGACAUUACAUGCAAGAUUGUUUUGUGCUGGAUUCAGUUAAUUCAUCAAUAAACUGGAAAGCUAUGCCAUGUAAUAAACCGUCUUUGAGUUUUAUAUGUAGAUUGAAUUUGAAUCCAUCUACAACGAUAUUACAUCCAACUACAUUUGAUUCAUUAAUAUACCCAACAUGUCCUCCUGGUUUCCGAUUCCAUGGGGACCGUUGCUUCCAAUUGAUAACAGACAAAUUUACGUGGAGUGAAGCCAAUGAUAAUUGUCAUCAUAUUGUAAAGCCAUAUGCAAAUUACAAUGGAUCCUUAGCCCGUAUCGACAAUGAACUUGAUCAGCAGUUCCUAGCUAGUCUUCUAGAUAAUCUUGAACCUGAAAAAUCGUCUGCAGUAUGGAUUGGUUUGUACCGUAAUUUAUCACAUGGUUCUCACAGUUACGAUUGGUCAGAUGGUAAAAAGCCUCAAUUCAUCAAGCCAAUUAUAAGAGAUCAUCAACUUUCUGUGUAUGGUCAUACUUUUGUUUCACGACGAACUAUUUCAAUCAAGUCGAAAUCAAUGAGCCUAUGCACGUCAAUGUUUCGUGCAACGGAUCCAAGAUUGAAUGGAAUUUGGCUUCAAUGGUCGUGUGAUGAACCAAUUUAUUUAAGUAGUUUAUGUCAAGCUUCACCAAUUUAUCAAAAUAGACAUGUUAAUCAAAUGUUUCUCUCUCCGUAUCGAACAGAGACAUUUUAUUGUCCAUCGGGUUUCCAGUUGGGCACAACUGGUCUGUUAAAAGUUAAAGGUCAAUCAAUGGCGAAACUUUCUCAACCUAUGUGUUAUCGCGUUUUCAAUCAUGUCGCUAAAAUGAACUGGGCUUCAGCAAAUAUGGCUUGCAAAAAUUUAAGCACUCCAACAUAUAACGUCAGUUUGCUGACGAUUGCAUCAGUGUUUGAAGCUAGUUUUCUACGUGUAUGGCUUAACCAACCACGUGAUGUCAGUGGUGGUGGACUGCCAAUUAGUGAAGCAGUUUGGACAGCUUUAAAAGUACCAACUACUUGCCCUGGUUGCUAUGCACUUGCUUGUUUGGAAGCGUUUCGCAAAGAUGAUAACGUUGCCAUUUUCAGAAAUUUAGAGACAGUUAAAGGAAAUUGGUUGACUUUGAUUAAUGUCAUUUGCAUACUGACUACAUAAAGCAAUCACUCAAUGAUUCGUGCUUUUUACAGCUACGAAGUCACACGCUCGAACUCCGUUUCACCUAAUUUAAUUCAGUCAACCGGGUGGUUUUGUGGUGUGUGCUACUUACAUUGACAUAAUUAGUAUAUGAUCUUAGUCGUGAACAGAAGGUCUGGC